CCCCCAACAACACUAGUAGUAGCGGGGGAUAAAGUCAUAAAGACACCAUUCUGUUCUUCAUCCUUCGUCGGUACCGCCCAUCUUUUCCCUUCGAUCUCCAGCCGGCGGAUCUGAAUCGUCCCUGCCAGAACCCGCUCGCCACCGCCAGCGCUCGGUUGUUCUUUACCCCCAUCUUCACAUCUUCCGAACCCUUCUCCCUGACGACCACCGCAGCACUGCCGCUGCACGAAUCCGCUCUUCUCAUAUCUCCAGUCUACUCGCCCCUGCCGCCGAGGUAAAAGAUUCAAACUUCUGGGAUUGAACUAAUGGAUGAUCGGUCUGGUGUGUGGAGUGCUCCUUUGCUGUUUCUCUGAAUCUUCAUUUAAUUUGAUUAGGGAACAGUAAUGUGUUGGGUUUCCCUUCAAUCAGUUGCUGAAUGCUAGCAACCUGUGGAUGAGUGGAUCCCCUAAAUGCUUAAGUCUUGUACGAGCUUCUGAUGUUCAGUGGGACUUUUAUUGCCAUCCUUUAGUUGUGCGUAGGUAGCUCGAAAGUAGCCAUGGAUUCGGAUCCUGAAAAUAAUAAACUCAAGCUGGUGAACGUGGCACUCCUGAUCGUGGCCACUUUGCUGGUGGCCAAAGUGGUGACUGCAUUGUUCAUGAGCGGAUCUGGGAAGCGGAGGCUACCCCCAAAGGUGAAGCAGGGGAUACCGGUCGUUGGUGGGCUGCUGAGGUUCCUUAAGGGUCCUAUUGUGAUGCUGAGGGAGGAGUACCCUAAGCUGGGAAGCGUCUUCACCUUGAAUCUUGUCAACAGGAACAUCACCUUCCUCAUUGGCCCGGAGGUCUCUGCCCACUUCUUCAAGGCCCCUGAAGCUGACCUCAGCCAGCAGGAGGUCUACCAGUUCAAUGUCCCGACUUUUGGCCCUGGCGUCGUCUUCGACGUCGAUUACUCCAUUCGCCAGGAGCAGUUCCGCUUCUUCACCGAGUCCCUACGUGUCAACAAGCUCAAGGGCUAUGUCGAUAUGAUGGUUACAGAAGCCCAGGAUUACUUCUCCAAGUGGGGAGACAGCGGAGAGGUGGAUUUGAAAUACGAGCUUGAGCACCUUAUCAUUCUGACGGCAAGCAGGUGCUUACUUGGCCGAGAAGUUCGUGAUAAGCUAUUUGAUGAUGUCUCUGCCCUAUUCCACGAUCUCGACAAUGGGAUGCUUCCAAUCAGUGUCCUAUUCCCUUAUCUCCCCAUUCCAGCUCACCGCCGGCGUGACCUUGCUCGCAAGAAGCUUGCCCAGAUCUUCGCCAACAUUAUCAAUUCGCGGAAGAAAACUGGUAGCUCGGAGAACGACAUGCUGCAAUGCUUUAUUGACUCAAAGUACAAAGAUGGCCGCCCAACAACUGAAGGCGAGGUCACAGGCUUGCUCAUCGCAGCUCUUUUUGCCGGGCAGCACACUAGCUCCAUCACGUCCACUUGGACCGGGGCCUACCUCCUACGUCACAAGGAGGAGUAUCUCUCUAGCGUUGUUGAGGAGCAGAAGCAGCUGCUGAGGAAACACGGUAACAGAGUGGAUCAUGAUGUGCUGUCUGAAAUGGAAGUGCUAUACCGGUGCAUCAAGGAAGCUCUGAGGUUGCACCCUCCAUUGAUAAUGUUGAUGCGCCAAUCGCACAGCGAUUUCAGCGUGACCACACAAGAAGGGAAGGAGUAUGACAUCCCAAAGGGGCACAUCGUGGCGACUUCUCCUGCGUUUGCUAACCGGCUUCCACAUAUCUUCACCGAGCCAGAUAAGUAUGAUCCUAACAGGUUUGCUCCAGGAAGGGAAGAGGAUAAGGCAGCAGGGGCUUUCUCCUACAUAUCAUUUGGUGGAGGUAGGCAUGGCUGCCUCGGUGAGCCCUUUGCGUACUUGCAGAUAAAGGCCAUAUGGACCCAUCUGCUGAGGAACUUCGAGCUCGAGCUUGUUUCUCCCUUCCCAGAGAUCGACUGGAAUGCAAUGGUGGUGGGUGUUAAAGGAAGCGUUAUGGUGCGUUACAAGCGCCGACAACUUGUAGUUGAUUAGCGUGCUGUGGAAUUGAAGUCGAUUAGGCAGAUGGGAGCCAGAGGGGCUUGCUCUUUGUGUGGCUUGGUUAGUUAUUUGUUGCUUGCUCGUCCUCGCUUUAUCCUGUGGUUUGUUACAUCAGACACUGUUAUUGUGGUGAUGGGUUAUUCUGAGUAGUUUCCUAUGACAACCCAUCAGUUGUUCCUUCUAAAAGCUAUUAGUUUCAGACCAUCUUUGUCAUUAAGUACGCAUUGCGGUUCGUGUAAUUGCAAGUAAUUAGUUGUCAAUUUACAAGAUUGUAAAACAUAGAAAUGUCAAUUUACGUGAAGGCUGUCUGCUCUUUUCAGCCUUCACGCGAGUCUUGUAGUUUAGGUAAGACAAGGAGAUUAAAGUUGUCACGUAGCAAAACAGCAUGCAUGAUAGAAACAUUCGAAGUCUUGG